AUGGAGUCUCUGAGAGCGAUUGAGCUUGAAAUUUACAACCAAGAAAAACUAUAUCAUGAUGCGCCCAAUUCCCAUAUGAAGAACGGAAUUCUUAGCAGACAUCUGGGGUACUCACUAGAGAAGCUCUACGAAGGCCAGUGUGGCAUGAGGAGCAAGAAGGAAAUCAGGAACUUUGGAAGUGACCAGCUCACAGCUCAUUUCAACAUGCACAACUUUAUGAAGGAUAGAUCCUGGUACCCCGGCACUCACCUCCAAUGGAUGGAGAGAAAGUAUUACCAUGAGCUAGAAAUCAGCCACAGGGAUUUUUAUAGGUGGGAAGAUAUAUUAGAAUUGCAUAAGAAGAACAGCAUCCCGAGGAGAGGCAUCAUCAACAUCUGCAGAAUGGCAAGGUUUAUCACAGUGAUGUCUAUUAUUCAAGUGCCUCAGAUCACAGCCAAGGAUAUCAAUGUGAUCUUCCAUGCAUUUCACCACCUUCAAGAAGUCUGGCUGCUGGUUAGAAAUGUACCUGGAGCCAUCACUGACUUUAGAAUAGACCCUUCUGUUGAGUUCAAGAUCAGCAGGAUCCUACAAGAUGGAAUGGAGACCAAAGACCACUGGCUCUCUUCCAUUAUCCAGUCUCCAUCGAUUAGAAAGAACUUGAGAAGGUACGGAGGCUACUAUCAGGGGGAAAAUGACAAGCUCGAGAAGAUUCUGUCAGAAUGGGACUCCAACAUCUGUAUUGAAAGAAGAUAA